AUGUCGAACCAAUUCUUCCGAGCUGGCAAUCGAGCUCUCGAAGUCAAUCCCCCCAACGCCGACAUCAAUCUGGGACGGUGGGGAAGCGACUGGGGCUGGGUCGUGUUUUGCGUCAUGGCGGCUUCCACCGUUGGUCUUCUCAUCUGGUCUUCCAGGCUUCCCAGGGGCAGGAGGACCUUCCCUUACCUGCUCGCCGCCGUGCUCGCCAUCUCGACCAUUUCUUGGUAUUCUCAAGCCAGCGACCUAGGCGCCACUCCUAUUCCUGUCCAGUUCCUGCACAACAGCGCGCUCGCUCCAGAUGGUGGCUACCCUACACGCCAAAUCUGGUACAGUCGCUACAUCGACUGGGCCCUCACUGUACCGCUUCUGCUGCUCAGCUUGCUCCUCAUCACUGGCUUGCCUCUCUCGGUCAUCUUCAUCACGCUCUUCUUCAGCAUCCUCAUGAUCAUUUGCGGUCUGCUAGGUGCCCUCACAAGGACUCGCUACAAGUGGGGCUACUUUGCUUUUGGUUGCGCUGCACUCGGUUAUGUCUUGUAUCACGUCUUUGCGUCUGGUUUGCGCUCGGCCCGACGACUGGACCAUGGUUUCGGUCGUGCAUUCCUUGCAGGCGCGACACUCUUGGGCGUCGUUUGGCCGCUCUAUGCCCUCUGCUGGGCUUUGACUCACGGCGGCAACGUGAUCGGUGUCAGUGCAGAGUUCCUUUGGUUCGGCAUCUUGGACCUCAUCUCGAAGCCCGUCUUUGCAUUCGUCCUGCUCUCCAUGCUGCGCAACUGCGAUUAUGGCGCACUUCGUCUUCGAUCGGGCAAAGUCACUGAAGGCAAGAUCGACGAUCACGAGCAACGUCGAGGCAUCCUCGACAAGUCUCAGGAGGGCAUUGGUUCUUCCCCUGUGCACCACGCCGGAGGCAACAGCGCAGACUCGGGCCCCGCACCGCCUCCUCCCGCUGUAACCACCCCACCUUCCGCUGCUGCGCACACGAUGAUGUCUCCUCCUGCUGUUCCUCCCGUCUGA